GCGUGCCCUUUUAAUUUUUUUGGACCCUCGUGUCGCUACAAAUGCAACUGUCAAAAAACCUGUGACAAGUACGGGGAAUGCUUACCUAUGUACGGAUGCAACUUGGGAUGGUUCGGAUUUUUGUGCCAGCUAAAAGACUUGCUAAGGACUGUACCUACGCCAACGUUGACAACCAUUCCAGCAACGGGUCGUGGAACAGUUACGAACUUUUCGCAGGCGUUAGUGGAUAGGAACCCCUACACCUGUGCUGAAGAUCUCAGGUCUGUUAACAUGACAUUUGCUGUCCCUACCCACCUCACUGUGCUGAGACUUCAAGGCGCUCGGUUGGCCUACAUAGGAAGAAAACCGGGAGCAAUUAUAACUGCCUCCAACGACAACUUCAAGACUAGCGUGUGUUCCGACGGAAGCCGAGUCUUCGAAGUGGAUACCCAAAAUGCGGAAGACUCAACAGUGGACGUCUAUUGCAACACGCUUGUGCCGGCCACCCAUUUCCGUAUAACUAUUAGAGAUUUUAGAAGGGUCUGCACCGUAUAUGCCAGCGAUGCUUGCACGCUCUCCUAUUCGAGGCUGCCUUGCCCUGAUGAUUACUGCAAACGUUGUUUCAAUGAGCUGUGUGACAUGGCGACGGGCCAGUGUAAAAUUGGGUGUUUGGGGUAUUCCAAUUUUCCCUACUGUGAUAAAGCUUGUCUCAAGGGAUAUUUCGGAUUAAAUUGUCUCUUUAAGUGUAGCAGCUGUUUCAACGGAAAUUGUGACCCUUCAAGUGGGCUUUGCCUCAAAGGUUGUGACGGAUUCUCAGAUCCACCAAUGUGCACUAUUCGCUUACAAAAUUACUAUGAAUGUGCUAUUCAAGUGUUUCAUUUUGAGUAUUGUUUGCUACGUAUACACAGCGUGCCCAUUAAACUAUUUUGGACCCUCCUGUCGCUACAAGUGUAACUGUCUAAAAGGCUGCGACAAGUUCGGUGCCUGCUUAAACAAUUCCGACUGCAUUCCUGGAUGGUUCGGCUAUUUGUGCCAGUUACAAGACUUGAUGCUGGUUGAACCAAGGCCUACAGUGACGCCCGUGGUCAAAAAGGACCUCACGGAGCUAGUAGACGGAAAGCGGAUCACUUGCACUUGGUACAGCGUAGUAGCCUUCCAAGUCAACUUUCUGGUCCCAACAGACAUAACUGUCAUCAGGGUCUAUGUAAGAAAAGAUGAAAGGUCGGAUACGAUGGGAGGAAGCGUGAACGUGUCCAACGACAACUUCCAGACGAGCCUGUGUAUCAACGGAAGCAGGAGCGUGGAAGUGGACAAUGGAACCAUAGAUGUUUAUUGCACCUCAUCGGCCCCAGUCAAACAGCUUCGUGUGCGUACGUUCGGAGUAACAGGGGAAUGUCAUAUUUCAAUCAGUAAAGACUGUAUUAUCUCCCUCUCGAGGCUUCCUUGCGAUGCCGAUUACUGCAAACGAUGUUUCAACUUCAAGUGUGACAGGUCGACGGGCCAGUGUUAUGUGGCUUGCUUGGGUUACUCCAAUUUCCCAUACUGCGAUCAGCCUUGUCGGACCGGUCAGUUCGGAUUGAAUUGUAUAUUUCGGUGUAGCCAAAAUUGUUACGGCGGAAUUUGUGAUCCUGCGAGUGGACUUUGCCUCAAUGGUUGCAACGGAUUCUCAAAUCCGCCUAUGUGCAAUAUUCCCUGCAUCGGAAGCCAUGGACAUAACUGCAUGUGUGACGCAAGUUGUCAAGUCUGUAAGACAGGCUCGAGGGUGUGCCAAUCGUGUUUGGAUGGUUACGUUGUUAGAUUGAACAAAACUACCGAAUGUAUUCCUAUGCCUGCUCGAGGGAUUGCCCUUUUUUCUACUUCCCUUUUACGGAAACGCGCGCCUUUAAUUUUAAGUGUACUCAUAUUUGAGACGCUUUUAGUGAUAUUGAUUGUUAUAUUUGUAUUUAUUUAUCAUCGAAAAACUCGUAUAGAUAAUCAUUCAGAAUCGGACUAAAAAAUUCUUUGAUCUGUAUCUGUGUAAAUAAACGUUACUAUGGAUGCCUUCA